AGUUAACAUUAUACAUACAUCUAGUACAAAUUGAAAUCAUUUUCUUCAUAUAAACAGACAGAAGAUAAGAAUGGAUUGCAUGAUAUAAAGCUUUCUUGAUAUUUCCUCUCAUUGUCAUGCUCUAUGUAAAUAUUUAUUUUAUGCCUUGGAUAUUUUGGAGUACAGUAGUUUAUUCAUUGAAUACUGAUUCAACUUUUCAACUGGAACUCUCUGAAACUCCAACCAAUCUAAGCAUACCAAUAAACUCAACAAUCCAUUUAAGAUGUCAGCUUCCUGUUAGACCAAAACCAACUGACAGUGUCUAUGUGAUAUGGAGAUUUAGACAUUCACAUAAAGAUCCAGCACCGAAUAUUUGGAGUUUUAUUCAUAAUGAUGAUGAUUUAGCCAGAUGUCCAGAACCACCGAAUGCAUGUGAAUUUGUUAACCAGUACAUCAGAUUGAAUGAAUUCAGUCAAUCAUUAUUUAAUAACCCAACUACAGUAGGAAUAACCCUCCCAUCAGAUGACCAUGAAUUUAUUCAAACAAGACAAUUAUUCACACUUAAAUUAGUUAACUUACAACCAGAAAUGAAUGGCUUAUUUCAGUGUCAAGUCAUAGUAAAUUUAGAUGCAUAUGAUAAACGCGGAUAUUUAAAUAUAUUAGUGCCUCCAAAAUACCCCCUUCAAAUAAUGAGAAUUGAUGAAACUGCUCCUAAGAGCACAGAGCUGUUAAAUUAUCAACAAACUACAGAAAAGACUCUUACACUAACUAGUGGAAAGUUAUAUUAUUUCAGUUGCCUUAUAACCGGUGUCAAUCCAAGGCCGGAAGUAACCUGGUUUAUUCGACAUUCCAGUGGUCAAUUUAGGAAAAUCUUUACAUUCACUGAAAUGGAUGAAAGUAAACAAACAUGGAAAGCGUUUUCAAAUUAUGUGGAUACCCAAAAAUCAAAUGAUUUCACUUUUAUGGAUGAUAGUGGCUUUCUAAAAUGUACUGCUACAAAUUCUAUGGGAUCUGCAUCUUCUGAUGAAGUCCAUUUAAAUAUUCAAUAUGUUCCAGUAAUACGUCCAUUUCAAUCAAAUCCUAUGAAUGUACUAGAAACUACUUCAUUUACACAAUUCUGUCAAGUUCAAGCAAAUCCUCCAGCUGAAAUUCACUGGAUCGAUGAGGAUCAGAAUAUAGUUUCAACUAAUUCUUCGCUUUUGGUACAUCAUGUAAGUAGAAAUGGACCGAAACAGUACAACUGUGUGACGUCAAAUAAAAUCGGUAAAAGUGUUCAAAAGCUACUGAUUGAUGUACUUUAUCCUCCAACAGUUCAUGUGCAACCAACAAUAACUGGUAAUGCGGGAGAAGCUUUAGAGGUAGUAUGUCGUGUUGACGCCAAUCCAAGUGUUUCAUCAAUUUAUUGGACCUUCAAUAAGUCAUCUGAUCAAAGAAGAAAAUCAACCAAAACUUCAUUAUAUUCAUCUCUUUCAAAUAGACUAGAUGGUUCCAGAUUGAAAAUUCCAUACACAUAUAUAUACCAUACAGGUGAAUAUCACUGUCAUGCAGAGACUGAUAUUCACACACCAAGUGAUUUAAAAUUAUCACAAAAAUCAUUAACUCCCAAGGAAAUAUGGUCUAUCUGGCAACAGAGAUCUAGGCUACAUGCAUCAGUCAACUUAACUAUAAACUACCCUCCAGGACAGCCUACACUAACCGUAAUGCAUUCAGUCAACAACAGUGGUGAAGAUUACAUUAUUUUACGCUGUCAACAAAAUAUUUCAGCACCUGGAUUACCAAGACCAACAUUUCAUUGGAUUCGAUCAGUUGGAUUUGAUGAAAGACAGGAAAUUAUAACAAAUUACUCAAAAUUUGAAUAUGAUGAAAACUCAAACGUAUUCACAAUUGAAUUGUACAAUCUAAGUUUGCUAGACUCUGGUAUUUAUAGCUGUUUUCUUCGCAAUGAUCUUGGUUCAAGUCAACUAGCAUCUGUAAAUGUGCUAAUCAAAAGUAAACCUAUUUUAAUAAACAAACCAAUUGAAAGGAUAACUCUUCAAUUUCAGAAUUCUAAGCUAAUAAAACACAAAAUAUCUAAUGAACAUUAUGAAAUUCAAAAUCUAUUAAAUGUAAAUAUGGUUGACAAUAAAAAUAUUAGUUGUACAUUCAUAUCAAGUUUAUCACCAGAAAUUCAUUGGUUAUAUUAUAACAAUAAAAAUUCAAUUAGUCUCAAUAAUAUGUUUAGUAUAGAAAAGAAUAUAUUAAACUAUUGGACAAAAAAUCGUAUAACAAAGAAUAAAUUUGGUUUAUGGAAAAUUGAAACAACUUUAAAUUUUCAACAAGUUGAUAUCAUUUUAUAUAUUAAAUAUACUUUGAAUAAAAUUUUAAACAAAUUGGAUAAUAUAUUCCCUAAAAAACUAGAAGUGUAUAGCUUGAAUUAUCAAGUAAUCAAACAAUUAUUAGAAUUUAUAAUAAUUCUUCAAAUAGAAGGCAAUUAUCUAUGUGAACUGUCCAAUUCAAUGGGUAUUGAACAGGGUUCAACAACUUUAACAAUUCAAAAACCGCCAAGUUCACUUAUCAUUUCUAAUGAAAUGAAAUCAUUCUCUAUUGAUUCGAAAAAGAUACACAAUUAUCAUACGAAAUUGUAUGGUCCACUUUUUUGUCAAUUCUAUAGUAAACCACUAGUGCAUACAGUCAAAUGGUGGCGAUUUACAAGCUCAAAUUACCAAGAAUUCAACAUUUCCAAUAAAUGGAAACUGAUCUAUAAGACUGAAAAUUUUAACAACUCUAUUCAAAUUGAAGAAACAUCUACUGCAUUAAUUAUUACAGGAAAGCCAGCAAUAAUUCAUCCAUCAGUAUCCAACUUCAACGCACAAGAAGAACAGUCAAUUUAUGGAACUCUUCGUCACUAUUUACAGAAUGCUGACCACAAAUUUACAAUAUUUACAAUGCUGUGGUUGACAGAACUGAAUGAUAACGAUUAUGGAUACUAUAAAUGCGAAUCAGAAAGUACAUUAGGCAGUGUUUCUGAAAUACGUCAAUUUCAAGAACCAAAUGUACCGCAACCUAUCUCUGAAAUUUAUCAUAUUCAUUCCACAUGGACAUCGGCAACUUUAUCCUGGAAGCCCGGCUAUCAUGGGACAGAACUGGAUUUACCAUAUCAGCAUAUAUUCAACAAAUCGGCCAGUCACACUUACUCAGCAAUUCAAAACUUGUUAUCAGUUUGGAUUGAAAAAGCUCAGAAUGCGCAAAAAUAUCUUAUUGAAUUGGAGGAUCAUGGAGUAAUUAACGUAUUACCGAAUGAGGCAAACUCAAAUUUACACGAAUUUUUCAAACCAGUGAAUCAAUCACAUGUCGUCCCUAACCCGUCAUCACUAUACAUAAGUAAAAAUGUACUGUCAUAUAGUAGUGAAAAUAGGAGACAUAUCAAGAGGAAAACGGUCAAAACCCGAUUUCUUAUAAACGUGGAAGGCCAAGUUGGGAUUAAUAUCAGUGGUCUUAUGUCAAAUCACGUGUAUACAGUAACAGUCUCAGGAAUCAAUCAAUAUGGACAGAGUAAAUCAUCUAACCCGUUAACUUUUAGAACAAAAUUCUUAAGCCCUGAAAUACCCGGAAGUAUACAACUAGAAGAAUCUAAAGAACUAAUCAGAUUUUCAAAAGGUAAUCCAGCAAUCUGUGCUCAAGUUGCAAUCAAUAAUGAUGACGAUAGUGAAAAUGCCUGGGAUACCAUACACUUUUCAUUAAACUAUACACCAAUAAUUAUAAUCAAUGAGAAAAUAUUUCAUCCUGAAGCUAAAGAGAAAUAUGUGGAGUUGGUUAACUGUAAACCAUUAUCUUGGAAUCAUUUUACAGAAAUACAAGUUAGAAUAGAACAAAAAGUUCAUUAUCGUGCAAGAUAUUGUAUUUAUGGUCAUAGUACAUUGUGUACAGAAUAUAUACAACCUGUUAAAGAUAUUUCAGCCCGCACUGUCAUCGUAGCCGCUCUACUGUGCAUAUUGUUAGUUGGAUUAUUAGGCGGUAUAUUUGUUUAUAUAGUAUGUAAACAUUUGGACGGAUCAUCAUCCAGCCAACGACAGAACCAAAGCUGUCAUCGUGCUCAACAGUAUCAUGACAGCCAACAAGUGAAUGAGCAUCAAAAUAUCAUUAUCAAAGAUAAUUUCUCAAAUUUAUUUACUCAACCGAAUGAAUAUAAUAUUUAGAUUGGAAGAAACUGCUUAGUCAAAUAUGCAGAAUGGAUUAACUUCUGGCCAGAUAUUCUACUGAUUAUUUUAAACGAAUCACCGAUUACGACGUAAAUCAAGUGGAUAAAUUUCAGAUUCACUUCAUUUUAGUAACUUUCAUUAUCCAGCAGAUAUCACUGGCAAUUAUAUAAUCAUCUACCUAGUUUACUUAUUGAACAUAAUAGGUGACAAUUUUCAGUACAGCUUUUGUUAUUUUUCUAAAUAAAAAACCUUAUUCACUGAUUA